GUUAAAGUGCUCCUUGGCCACAGAGUCAUUCAGGUUGCUUGUGGAAGCAGAGAUGCUCAGACUCUUGCUUUGACAGAUGAAGGUUUGGUGUUUUCUUGGGGUGAUGGUGAUUUUGGAAAACUGGGCCGAGGAGGAAGUGAAGGAUGCAACAUUCCUCAGAACAUUGAAAGACUGAACGGCCAAGGCGUUUGUCAGAUUGAGUGUGGUGCACAGUUCUCAUUGGCACUGACCAAGUCAGGAGUGGUAUGGACAUGGGGUAAGGGUGACUACUUCAGGCUAGGCCAUGGCACAGAUGUACAUGUACGAAAGCCACAAGUUGUGGAAGGACUGAGAGGUAAAAAGAUUGUGCACGUGGCUGUGGGCGCACUCCAUUGUCUAGCAGUUACUGACACUGGACAGGUUUACGCUUGGGGUGAUAACGACCAUGGACAGCAAGGCAAUGGAACUACUACAGUCAAUAGGAAGCCCACUCUUGUCCAGGGCUUGGAAGGCCAGAAAAUCACUCGGGUUGCUUGUGGGUCUUCCCACAGUGUAGCGUGGACCACAGUGGAUGUAGCUACACCAUCUGUUCAUGAACCAGUACUUUUCCAGACAGCGAGGGACCCUUUAGGUGCUUCUUAUCUUGGUGUUCCUUCAGAUGCAGAUUCUUCUGCUGCCAGUAACAAAAUCAAUGGGGCGAACAGUUCCAAGCCGAAUCGCCCUUCCCUCGCGAAGAUUCUUCUGUCGCUUGACGGGAAUGUUGCCAAACAGCAGGCGUUGUCUCAUAUACUGAUGGCGUUACAAAUCAUGUAUGCCAGGGAUGCAGUUGUUGGUGCAUUGAUGCCUGCAAGUAUGAUUGCACCGGUAGAAUGUCCCUCUUCAUCACCAGCCCCACCAUCUGAUGCAACUUCUACAGGAAGCCCUGCAAAUGGAGAUGAAUGCAUGCUGAUAGGAGAUAUAGAAGAGAGAUUGAGCCCAAACCCGUGGCAGGACAGGAGGGGGGAGGUUGUUUCUUCAGAAGAUGCUGUGACACCGUCUGCUGUAACUCCCUCAGCUGCUGCUGCCUCUUCCCGUCCUUUCAUUCCAGUGACAGAUGAUCCCGGAGCUGCCAGUAUCAUUGCAGAAACCAUGACAAAAACAAAAGAAGAUGUAGAAAGUCAAAGUAAAGUAUCUGGCCCAGAACCACAGUACUUGGAUGAGUUUACUAGCCUCUUAGUACCAGAUGACACACGAGUCAUGGUUGACCUGCUAAAGCUUGCUGUGUCCAACCGAGCAGGUGAAAAGGGAAGAGAUGUUCUUUCGGCGGUGCUGUCUGGUAUGGGCACAGCUUACCCGCAGGUUGCUGAUAUGUUGUUGGAGCUGUGUGUUACUGAACUAGAAGAUGUAGCAACUGAUUCACAAAGUGGUCGCCUCUCAUCACAACCAGUGGUGGUAGAAAGCAGCCAUCCAUACACUGAUGAUACAUCUUCUAGUGGCACAGUUAAAAUACCAGGUGCUGAGGGACUGAGGGUAGAAUUUGAUCGCCAGUGUUCUACAGAGCGGCGUCAUGAUCCACUCACCAUAAUGGAUGGUGUCAACAGAAUUGUUUCUGUCCGAUCAGGUCGUGAGUGGUCAGAUUGGUCUAGUGAAUUGCGGAUUCCAGGGGAUGAACUAAAGUGGAAAUUCAUCAGUGAUGGCUCUGUGAAUGGUUGGGGAUGGCGAUUCACUGUUUACCCUAUCAUGCCAGCUGCAGGCCCCAAAGACCUUCUCUCAGAUCGUUGCAUUCUUUCAUGUCCCUCAAUGGAUUUGGUUACGUGUUUGUUGGAUUUUCGCUUAAAUUUUGCUUCCAACAGGAGUAUAGUUCCUCGCUUGGCAGCUUCUCUUGCAGCUUGUGCUCAACUGAGUGCCUUAGCUGCUGGCCACAGAAUGUGGGCCUUGCAGAGACUACGGAAACUGCUCACAACAGAGUUUGGCCAGUCUAUUAACAUCAACCGGAUUCUAGGGGAUAAUGAUGGAGAAACACGAGCUUUGAGUUUCACAGGGAGUGCUUUAGCUGCUUUGGUUAAAGGUCUUCCAGAAGCUUUGCAGCGACAGUUUGACUAUGAAGACCCCAUUGUGAGAGGUGGCAAACAAUUGCUCCACAGCCCUUUCUUUAAGGUGCUUGUGGCUCUUGCUUGUGAUCUGGAGUUGGACACUCUCCCUUGCUGUGCAGAGACGCACAAGUGGGCCUGGUUCAGGAGAUACUGUAUGGCAUCCAGGGUUGCCGUGGCUCUUGAUAAAAGGACACCGUUACCUCGCCUUUUCCUUGAUGAGGUGGCAAAGAAAAUCCGAGAAUUAAUGGCAGAUAGUGAAAAUAUGGAUGUUCUUCAUGAGUGCCAUGAUGUCUUUAAGAGAGAACAGGAUGAGCAGCUUGUCCAAUGGAUGAACAGACGACCUGAUGAUUGGACACUUUCAGCUGGAGGCAGCGGAACUAUUUAUGGUUGGGGUCAUAAUCACAGGGGGCAGCUUGGUGGGAUUGAAGGGGCAAAAGUCAAAGUCCCAACUCCAUGUGAAGCUCUUGCUACCCUUAGACCCGUGCAGUUAAUUGGUGGUGAACAGACUCUGUUUGCAGUGACUGCUGAUGGGAAACUGUAUGCCACUGGAUAUGGAGCAGGUGGUAGGCUUGGAAUUGGAGGAACAGAGUCAGUUUCUACUCCAACUUUACUGGAAUCCAUUCAACAUGUGUUUAUAAAGAAGGUUGCAGUGAACUCAGGGGGAAAGCACUGUUUGGCACUGUCUUCUGAGGGAGAAGUUUAUUCUUGGGGUGAAGCAGAAGAUGGUAAACUUGGUCAUGGAAACCGAAGCCCUUGUGAUCGUCCUCGUGUAAUUGAGUCUCUGAGAGGUAUAGAAGUGGUUGACAUUGCUGCUGGGGGAGCACACAGUGCAUGCAUUACAGCUGCAGGAGACCUUUUUACAUGGGGAAAGGGAAGAUAUGGACGCCUUGGGCAUGGAGAUAGUGAGGACCAACUAAAACCUAAACUGGUGGAAGCUCUCCAGGGCUACCGUGUGAUUGACAUCGCCUGUGGCAGUGGAGAUGCACAGACAUUGUGCCUGACUGAUGAUGAUACUGUCUGGUCCUGGGGUGAUGGAGAUUAUGGGAAACUUGGGAGAGGAGGCAGCGAUGGCUGUAAAGUACCAAUGAAGAUUGAUUCCCUGACAGGCCUUGGAGUGGUUAAAGUAGAAUGUGGAUCACAAUUUUCUGUGGCUCUUACUAAAUCUGGAGCAGUAUAUACGUGGGGCAAAGGAGAUUAUCAUCGGUUAGGCCAUGGAUCUGAUGACCACGUUAGAAGACCACGACAAGUGCAGGGACUGCAAGGAAAGAAAGUCAUUGCAAUUGCUACUGGGUCUUUGCAUUGUGUUUGCUGCACUGAAGAUGGGGAAGUGUAUACAUGGGGAGAUAAUGAUGAAGGGCAGCUUGGAGAUGGAACGACUAAUGCCAUCCAAAGACCUCGCUUGGUUGCAGCACUUCAGGGUAAAAAGAUCAACAGAGUGGCCUGCGGCUCAGCACAUACUUUAGCUUGGUCAACCAGUAAACCUGCUAAUGCUGGCAAGCUCCCUACACAGGUUCCUAUGGAGUACAAUCAUCUGCAGGAAAUUCCCAUCAUUUCAUUGAGAAACAGGCUUCUGCUGUUGCAUCACAUUUCUGAACUGUUCUGUCCUUGCAUUCCAAUGUUUGAUCUUGAAGGAAGACUUGAUGAAACUGGCCAAGGACCCUCAGUUGGGUUUGACACAUUACGGGGAAUACUGAUAUCACAGGGAAAGGAGGCAGCUUUCAGAAAAGUUGUGCAAGCAACUAUGGUGAGAGAUCGUCAGCAUGGGCCAGUCGUGGAGCUCAACAGAAUACAGGUAAAGCGUUCUAGGAGUAAAGGAGGACUGGCUGGGCCUGAUGGUACAAAGUCAGUGUUUGGACAAAUGUGUGCUAAAAUGAGUUCCUUUAGCCCUGAUAGCCUUCUGCUUCCUCAUCGUGUUUGGAAAGUCAAGUUUGUUGGUGAAUCUGUGGAUGACUGCGGCGGAGGAUAUAGUGAAUCAAUAGCAGAAAUGUGUGAGGAGCUUCAGAAUGGGCUGACCCCUCUGUUAAUUGUGACACCAAAUGGAAGAGAUGAAUCUGGAGCAAACAGAGAUUGUUUCUUAUUAAAUCCUGCUGCCAAGUCACUCUUGCAUAUGAACAUGUUUCGUUUUCUUGGUGUGCUUCUGGGCAUUGCUAUCAGGACUGGCAGCCCUCUGAGCCUCAACCUGGCUGAGCCAGUGUGGAAACAGCUUGCAGGAAUGAACCUAACAAUUGCUGAUCUCAGUGAGGUUGAUAAAGAUUUUAUUCCUGGGCUUAUGUACAUUCGAGACAACGAAGCUACUUCAGAAGAGUUUGAAGCUAUGAGCCUCCCAUUCACUGUGCCUAAUGCAAGUGGUCAAGAUAUUCAGCUGAGUUCCAAGUACACCCAUAUUACACUGGAUAAUAGAGCCGAGUAUGUGAGGCUGGCAAUAAACUACAGACUUCAUGAAUUUGAUGAACAAGUUGCAGCAGUUCGUGAGGGGAUGGCCCGUGUUGAUCCAGUUCCUCUACUUUCACUGUUUACAGGAUAUGAACUGGAAACUAUGGUGUGUGGAAGCCCAGAUAUUCCGCUUCACCUUCUGAAAUCUGUAGCAACUUACAAAGGCAUUGAACCAACUGCUUCCUUGAUACAGUGGUUCUGGGAAGUGAUGGAGUCCUUUUCCAAUACAGAGCGAUCUCUCUUCCUGCGUUUUGUGUGGGGCAGAACAAGGCUGCCCAGGACUAUUGCAGACUUUCGAGGGAGGGACUUUGUUAUUCAGGUAUUGGAUAAAUACAAUCCUCCGGACCACUUCCUUCCUGAGUCAUACACUUGCUUCUUUCUCCUGAAGCUGCCCAGGUAUUCCUGUAAGCAAGUACUAGAGGAAAAACUGAAGUAUGCCAUUCACUUCUGCAAGUCUAUAGACACUGAUGAUUAUGCCCGGAUAGCGCUGACAGGAGAGCCAGCGGCUGAUGACAGUAGUGAUGAUUCUGAUAACGAAGAUGCAGAUUCUUUUGCUUCAGAUUCCACACAGGACUACUUAACAGGACAUUAAAAAAAUAAUAUAAGGGAUAGUUGUCACAAGCACUGAGGCAAAACGCCAAAAUGACAAUGAAGCCAAGGACAGUUUAGGUCUCUAUAGAGUAUGUAGUCGGGGGGAUGGUAAUCUUCUGAACGUGGGGGAAGUGUGUUUGCUACUCACGGUAGGAUUUAAGGGUUACAGCUUAAACCAUCAGCUUAGAAUAAAUGGCACAGCACAUGGGCAUUUAACAUUUAUUUUAAGAGCUGAAAGUGCCCCCCCAUAAUGCUGCACUACAUUUAGAACCUUUGUGUUUACUGAAGUGUUGUAAAUGUUUAUAUAAAUAUGGUAGUGCAGCAUCCAAAAGGCAGUGAAACCUUUAAAUUGUGGGUGCAAUAGGUUUUUUCAUAUUAAGUGUUGUGUUCUGUGCAUCUUCUUGAUUGUAUAUUGGAAAUACUGUGCAACAAUGGAAUAGUAUUAUAAAUAUUUCAAUUAACUUUACUAGAAGUUUGUUAAAAAUUUUUGAACAUUGAAUUAACAUUAUUCCUUGAAAUUCUUCUACAGAUAAUAAAAAUGGCCAAUAGUUUCACCUCCACCCCUGGUUUGUAUAUUUUAGCUUAUGCAUUAUUUAUCUCAAAUUUGAUACCUUUCUGUGAACAGCAUCAUAACUCUUCUCAUGGAAAGUGUACUGUAUAUAAUUUGUGCCAUGUAAAUGCAAAAGUUAUAAUUUCCCUCCAAAUAAAAGUUCUGCCACAGAAACAA